CGAUGACAAAUGCCAGAUCUUGUCACCCAAGAAAUUCGUCAUCUUUGAAACACCAUAGAUGCCACUUUUACAGGUGCAAGCAUUACAGACGUUCACACAGCUAUCGGUGCUUGAGAUCUGCUGUAAUGCGUCACGCCGGGCCUACUAAAAGUCAAUUAGCAUUAUUUCGUACGAAAGUAUAUAACAUACUGGCCCCUCCAUUUCUCAGAAAUCUACUUAUUACGGCACCUGCAAUAACGUCAACCAAAGCAUGUGGCAACAGCACAAUCGCCGAGGAAAGAUUUGCAAUUGCCUCUCACGACACCACGUUCACUGACAAAACUCCAAAAACCACAACUACUAUUACUUCUAAGAAACUGAGUAGCAAUUCUUAGAGACAUUUUGUGCAUAUACAGAGUAAUUUUUAAAAUACAAACAACCUCGCAUGACUAAGUUUUUUUGUCCUUUUUUAGAUCUAUAUUUGGCAGAAUAAAGGACUACUCACAUUUGACCAUGCCGGGCGCGAGCCGAGUUACGUACAAGGCUCGGAUUGGAAAUGCUGCUUACGUUUUAUAUGAAGUGACAUGGACGAGUGACGCCCGAGCCUCGGAUGCGGAUCGACCCGCCUCGGCUCGUAAUGUCAACACUCUGUGACUCUUUCUAAUUUAAGACCGUGCGUAUGUACAUACGUGACUCGGAUCUCGGACACGGCUCGCGCCCAGCACGGUCUAAUGUGAAUGAACCUUAAGUUCAAACGUGCUAGCGUCCUCCGCGACGACUUCCACGUGCGUCCUGCAUGGUGUUAUUACCGUUUAGAGCGAUCUAUUGAAAUCUAUUCAAUCUAUUCAAUUUUGUAUGAAAAUAAAACCUCAUGAACUAUUAAAGUCAUGGAACAAAAGUUGUUGUUUAAGAUGUUAGUGAUACAGUCCUGCAAGUUUGUUAGUAUUAUAAAAAUUAUCCUGUAUACAACCAAUUCGGAGAUAGGGCGCGUGUCCAUUAUGUCGUGACGACAGAUAGUCGUACAGUUUAGUGUGUCUUGGUACAAGCCAAAUAUUUCAAUAAAAUUGUUCACAUAUAACACAACACGAUUAACUGUCGUUCAUGAGUUUUUUGACGUUACCACGACAGACUGUCGUGACAAUGAGAAAAACUAGAACGACUGUCGUCCAACUGUAAAUAGAACGUUACGACAUAAUACGAACGCUUUAUUUUUUCUGUACAAUACGAUAACGACCUUCCAACAAUAUG